ACAUCGAUUUGGAUAUAACAUUUGAAUAUUUCGCAGUGCGAAAGUUUUUUUUGUUCAUUUUUGAUAAACUUUUGAUCCAUAAAAAUGAUAAGACGUUUUAGUAGUGAAUUCGUGAAUAAUUACUACAAAAGCAAUUCAACUGCCGAUAUUACCUUGUACUACUCAAUAUUGAGUCCGCCCUCACGAACAGUUUUACUCGUAGCAAAAGCGAUCGGAAUAGAGCUUUCGUUAAAGAGCGUCGAUUUACAGAAAGGUGAACAUUUAUCACCCGAAUUUCUUAAGAUCAAUCCUCAACAAACCUUACCGUUUAUUGUGGAUCACGGUCACCAUGACAUAUCCGUUGUUGACAGUCAUGCCAUUGCAGCGUACCUGUGUGAAAACUACGCGAAAGACGAUCAACUCUAUCCGAAGGAUACUGUAAAACGAGCACACAUCAAUGCCGGUUUACAUUUUGAUACAGGCUACUUGUACACUCAGUUCAAUAAUUUGUUUGAGGAUCUUUUCGUGUACGGUGCCACUGAGAUGUCACCAAAGGUUCUGACGAAAAUCUGUAAGGGUUUGGACACUAUGGAACGAUUUUUACAACAUGGACCGUUUUUGUGUGGCGAUCAUUUGAGUAUUGCGGAUAUUUCUUGCAUUGCAACGUUAUCGUCAAUGGACACAUUCUUGCCUAUCGAAAAGUCUAAGUAUCCGAAAUUAACGAAAUGGAUCCAUUCCAUGAAAUCGUUUUCAUUUUAUGAGUUGAAUAGAAAGGCAGCUGAGGAUGUUCAGGAAUUAAUGAGAAACAAAAUGAUAGAAAACCAGAUGGCAACUUGCAGAAACGUGUCGAAGUGAAGAAAGAAAUAAUAAUCAAAUUGCUUGCUUCCAAACCAGUCUAAAUAAACAUACACUAAUACAUUACGUUGAAAUUUAUUCAAACAACAAGUGUUUUA